AGACUGUGACUCGGACUACCAUCUCAUCAGUUUCUACUUAGGGUUUUUGUUUCCAAAUGAGGGUAUGGCUCCAACUAAAAUCCGAGUGUCAUUUGACUUAACUUUUGUAUGGCAUUUAAGCUCGCCGAGAGCCUUCCAAAAAAGAAAGCCCAAGGCAGCAGAGCGAGAGCGGCCGCGACCAAGAGGAGCUGGCCAUGAGUCGCGCCCGCGUGUACUGCGACGUGAACGAGACGCGCCCGCGCGAAUACUGGGACUACGAGACGCUCAAUGUGGCCUGGGGGGACCAGGACAACUACGAGGUGAUCCGCAAGAUCGGCCGCGGCAAGUACAGCGAGGUGUUCGAGGGCUACAAUGUGGCCAACAACUCGCGCUGCGUCAUCAAGAUCCUCAAACCCGUUAAAAAGAAAAAAAUUAAGCGUGAGAUUAAGAUUCUGCAGAACCUGUCGGGUGGCGUGAACAUCGUUCAAUUGCUGGAUGUGGUGCGUGAUCCGCAGUCCAAGACCCCCAGUCUCGUGACUGAGUAUGUGAACAACACGGACUUCAAGACGCUGUACCCAACACUAAGCGACUUUGACAUUCGCUACUACUUGUUCGAACUGCUGAAGGCUCUGGACUAUUGCCACUCGAACGGCAUCAUGCAUCGUGAUGUCAAGCCACACAACGUCAUGAUUGAUCACGAGAAGCGUCAGCUUCGUCUCAUUGAUUGGGGUCUCGCUGAGUUUUAUCACCCGGGUCGCGAGUACAACGUGCGCGUGGCUAGUCGUUACUUCAAGGGACCAGAACUUCUGGUAGACAUGCAGGAGUACGACUACUCGCUCGACAUGUGGAGUCUGGGCUGCAUGUUCGCGGCCAUGAUCUUCCGCAAGGAGCCGUUCUUCCAUGGUCACGACAAUUGCGACCAGUUGGUGAAGAUCGCAAAGGUGAAGGGCACGGACGAGCUGUUUGACUACCUGACGACGUAUGACUUGGAGCUGGACCCGCAGUACGACGGCAUCCUGGGCACGCACACGAAGAAGCCGUGGGAGAAGUUUAUCACACAAGAGAACAAGCACUUGGUGUCCCCUGAGGCCAUCGACUUCCUGGACGGGCUACUGCGUUACGACCACCAGGAGCGACUAACCGCAAAAGAGGCCAUGCAGCACGCGUACUUCCAGCCUGUGCGUGAUGCAGCCGAGCAGAAGCUGCGUGGUGGCGCGCAUCACACCGACGAGAUCACCAGCGUAUCCGACUCGAGUGCGUAAGUGCGCGGUGAAGGUCACAAUCCCCUCGUUCUUCGGAUAGGAAGAACAUGAGAGAGAAGAGAGGCCAACGCUGCUGUGAGCAUGAUGUUGCCGCCGACGGAGCAGCGUGAUGAAAGAGGAGCGAGUGGGGCCUAGAUAACAGAGCGAGAACACAAUACAAGGACAUGUCACGCUCAGAAUCAAGAACGCGGAGCGACAAUCUUUCGCGGACGACGACAACUGGCGGGGCAGGAUGGAUACGUUUGCCUUCUUUGAAUUUUGAUGGCGCGAUAGGAGGUGAUAGCGUGAGUGCGGCGGUGUAACGUGUAUACGAACUUUUUACAUUUCCAUACAUCGUUUGGAGUAUGCGUUUGUUCAUUC